CAAACACCUGUCAGCCACACUGCGCACGCAGUGUCACAGUAUACUUUGACAAAAAGACCCGCAAAAUUUUAACCGAUAAAAUGGAAAUAUGUUUAAAAAGCAGGGUUAUUGAAAAUGAGAAUUCAAAAUGGCUGGUAAAAUGCUAAUAUUGCAUUGUCUCCCUUUUAGUUAGAUUAUGAGAGAAUGCAUGACAUUUCUUCAUCAGGACAAGAUUCAACCUAUCAGGAUCUGAAAAGAAAUUAUUCAACUAUUAUAAUGCCAUGGGAGUGCAGUGCAGAUCACUCUGGCAAGCUUGCCAUAUUGUCAAACCUGAAAUGAAAGUAAACAGACAUUGAAAAUGACAUUUACAGACAGGACGCAUGAUGAUAAGUGCAAGCAUUGUAUCAUCAACAGGUCAUGGAACAGGGAUCCAGACUUACACAUUAAACAGUUCUUCAGAUAUCAUGAGUGAUGGUAUAAGUGAACCAAGUUCUCCAGAGAGUUCGUUUGACAGUUCUGAUCUACUGGGUGAUGAUGAAGUUUCAGUUCAGUUAGCAGCUGCAGGGACAGUAGGAUUAGCUGCAGCUGCAGCAAUUGCUGGUGGUAGAAAAAAGAAACGUCCACAUUCUUUUGAAACUAAUCCAUCUAUACGUAAACGACAACAAACAAGGCUGCUUAGGAAAUUGAAGCAGACAAUAGAAGAGUACACUACAAGAGUUGGUCAGCAGGCAGUGGUGCUAUGUUGUACGCCUGGAAAAAUGUCAAAUUCAAACAAUAAUUAUAAAGUGUUUGGAUCACAACCUUUAGAAAGUGUGAUGAGGAAUUGUAAAGGAGUUAUUCUUCAAGAUUUAGAGACAUCUUUAUCUGAGACAAUACCUCAUGCAGAACACCAGGGUGCUCAAGAGCUACCGUCAUUAUCCAUUGAUGGUAUCCCUACUUCAGUAGAAAAAAUGACACAGGCUCAGUUAAGGACGUUCAUACCUGAAAUGCUAAAAUACUCAACAGGCAGAAGUAAACCUGGCUGGGGUAAAAUGGAAUGUCGUCCUGUUUGGUGGCCUGAUGAUGUUCCAUGGGCUAAUGUUAGAAGUGAUGUUAGAACAACAGAGCAGAAGAAAAAGGUAUCGUGGACAGAUGCUCUUAAAAGUAUUGUGAAGAACUGUUACAGACACCAUGGAAGAGAAGAUCUGUUACAUGUAUUCGAAACCGAAUCGAGCUAUCAAAGAACUAUGUUACAAACUAUAAACAAUCCUGAUGGUACAGUGUCUAUUAUUCAGAUAGAUACAUCACCUAAUCAAAUCGUUACACUUCCUGAUGGGACACAAGCUACAGUUGUUCAUGCAAUUCAUCCUGGAGUACCUAAUCAGGAGGCCAGUCAAGCUGUGCAAACCCUGGCCAACCCUAGUGGUGAUAAUCUGACACACAUGACACCUGUUAGUGUAGAGAUGAACGCAGACUCAUUGGCACAGAGUAUAGCUACAAUAUCAGAAGAUGGACAAAUUAUUUUAACAGGGGAUAAUGCAUUGAAUGGCAUAGUUAUACCUGUUUCAAUGUAUCAACAACUGACCAAUCCUGUUACAACAUUACAUUCAGGUACAGAUCUACAUGUUGCCAUGGCACCCAUGGGUGUUCCUAAAGAUGAUGAUAUUAAUGUGAUACCAGAUAUUCAAAGUAUGGACAGUCAGUCACCGGAUGUGUUGGAACAUGUUGAACCUAAACUAGAGGAAACAUGAUCUUAAUGUACAAAAAAUAUUUAUUAUCUGUUUAUUCAUGUAUAUUAUAAUACAGUUGUCAUUGUAUGCUAGAGCUAUAUAGUUCAUCAUUAAUAUUUGGAAUUGAACACUUUUCCAGUACGCUGUGAUAUAGUCUUUUAGUGCUGAGGCAGCUUAAGGCAACCACCAGUCAACCAAUCAGUCUUUUCCAGUAUUUGAAGAAUAAUUGACUCGAAAAAAUUAAUAACACUAUUGGUUAAAUUUUCCCUUGUUAACUAGGACAUUUUGUAAAUGAAAGGGGUAAUAGCUGUAGCAACAUUUCUUCCCAAUCACUGCAUUAUAUAAAUAUGAUGAUGCUGAUGAGGUAAUUUAGUUGGCUGCUAGACUCACCAGUAACAAAACACAUACCCAGUCUGUAAUUAGUCGUCACAUUUUCCAACAUUUGAAUUAAAAUGUAAAAGUAGCAUUUUGAAAUUAAGCAAAAACAUUUCAGAAUUAGUUGUCUGUUAAUGAUCAAAGACAAUGAUACAUCAAGCCCAUAUUAUGACAAAAUAUAAGAAAUACCAAUGUCUACACUCUGAUCCACUAUAGGCCCACCAGGCCAGUUGCUGUAUAAUGUGAAGAUUAAAAUACCGUAAUUGUAUUCUUGAUUGAUUUAAAGAUAAUAAUAGUUUCAAAGUAAAAAAAAACCAAAAACGUGUGAUUUGUUUUUGAAAACAAAAACAUAGGAAGAUAAAAAAAAUCAUCUAAAGCAUACACAAGAUGAAAGAAAUUUGCGUGAUGUUUUGAAAGUUUGUCAAUAAGAGCAGUUGGCUCUAAUAUUUUCACACUGGUAUUUAUAGUCUUCUGGUCUGUGAGUCCGUUCGUUUGUCCCACUUCAGGAUAAAGUUUUUGGUCAAGGUAGUUUUUGAUGAAGUUGAAGUCCAGUCAACUUAGUCCACAUGUUCCCUAUGAUGAUCUUUCUAAUUUGCAUGCCAAUUUAGAGUUUUGACCCCAAUUUCACGGUCCACUGAACAUAGAAAAUGAUAGUGCGAGUGGGGCAUCCAUGUACUAUGGACACAUUCUUGUUUCUCUUUUAAAUAACAUUUUGUAAUUCACAUAAUGAUUUUGUUGUUUGGACACUGGACUGGUUCUAGUUAUUCUCAACAAACUGUCAGGAGGGAUACUUGACAAUCUUAAUAUACAUUUAUUUUUCUACUGGUUGGUUUCUGAUUGAUAUGUAUAAACCCAAUGCAAAUAUGUGGAAUUUUCGCAGUAAUCUAUUUAAAUGGAAUAUAAUGUACAUUUCCAUAAAAAUAUACUAUAUUCAAAAAGAAAUUUUACAGAAAGUUUUAAUAUUUUUCUUAAUAAUAGAUUGCAUUGUUCAUGCUUGCAAAUAUCUCAAAAAGGUUUACAAACUAGAAACUAAAAAUAGGGACAGGCUUAGAUUGGCCUUUUGGUUUGAUUAUCCAAACUCUAUUUUAAUGUAUUUCAUUGGACAAUUAGGUGCAUUUAUAGCAAUGUAAAAUUUUUGUUUUACAGCAAAUUUUUAUUGUAAAUUGUGUAUUUAUAUGUGGUUACUAAAAAGAAGCAUCAUGUACUACUAAAUGUAAUUUAUGUACAUGUUGAAUGUUUUAUUGUUCUAGAAAACUUUAUUGAAUCAUAUUUUACAUUGAUAUUUGUGUGUUUAUUGUCAUAAAAAUAAAAAGUCAGCUUAGAA